CUGAGAUGUUUGACGUUGAUAGAUAUUUCGAUUUGUUUUGAAAACGCGAAAUAUUAAUGUUUUUACGUUUAUAGUUUUGUUUAAUAGAUUAAGUUACAUGAUUUUGAUAAAAUAUCUGAAAUAGUAAACAUUUAUCUGUCUUCUGCUCUUCAAUACAGACAAAAAAACAUGAACGAUCAUUAUGAUCACACUAGUCCUGACCUAAUAUAUGUUGUUGAAAAUAUACCAGGGCCAGCAGAAGACAAUGAAGAAUAUGAAGAACUGUUUAACAACUACAACUCACAACUUUCAUAUAAGUGUGAAUGUAUAGGAAGUUGCAUAAAUGAAAGUUGCUUUUGUAUACAUAACUCUAGGGGAAAGAAUUAUAACUUUUCAGAUAUUAAUAACUUGAAAUCUUACAAAAUUAUUGAUAACAAGAAAAGUGAUAAAUCAAUAUUUGAGUGUAAUGAUUUAUGUUCAUGUAUCAGAUACUGUGGAAAUAAGUUAGUACAAGAAGGCCCUCUAGAAGGCUUGUUUGUAAAACCCUGUUAUGUUAAAGAGAAGGGCAUGGGCUUGUUCACUAAACACCUUAUAGAUAAAGGCUCCUACAUAUGUGAGUAUGCAGGAGAAAUUAUAACAAAAUCACAAGCCCUUAAAAGGCACCAAAUAAAUGUCAAUAACAUGAAAAUGAACUUUAUAUUUUGUUUAAAUGAAUAUUCCAAUAAUAAAGUAACGCAGACUUUUGUUGAUCCAUCCAGUUUUGGUAAUAUUGGACGAUAUAUUAAUCAUAGUUGUGAACCAAAUUGUUUCAUCGUACCUAUCAGAGUCAAUACUCCAUUACCAAAACUUGCCAUCUUCAGUCUUACUGAAAUUUCCGCUGAACAUGAAAUAACAAUAGACUAUGGAUCAAAAACUUGCAAUGAUCUAAAUAUUGAAGUCAAUGUGCAUGGUAGAAAACCAUGUUUGUGUUAUAGUAACAAUUGUAAGGGUAUUUUACCAUAUGAUUUGUAUUAAAUACAAAUAAUUAUC